AUGAGUAGUAAGUGUAUUGUAGCGAUUGCAACAGCUGCUAAAGCGAAACUACUACUUCGAGAGAUUAAAACUGUAAAAGCCGAUUUAGCAUUUGCAAAAGAAAGAAGUUGCCAGCUAGAAGAAGAAAAUAAAAUGCUUCGAGUGGCUCAUGAAAAGGGAGAUCACCCUACAGAUGAUGACAUGAUACGUCUGCAACUUGAGACACUUUUGGCAGAAAAGGCUAGGUUGGCUCAUGAGAACUCAGUAUAUGUACGUGAGAAUAGCUGCUUGAGGGAGAUAAUUAAAUACCAUAAACUGAGUAUGCAAGAUGUUGUGUAUUUGGAUGAGGGUAUCGAAGAAGUUGCAGAGAUUAAUCCUAGACUUUCCAGGACGCUUUCUGUAUCGCCCUCAUCGCCUUCAUCACCUGAAAACGGACUCCCCAUUGAUAGUGAUAAUCCUCCACUUGUAGAUUCCAUGAACCUUUUAGUAGGCUGAUUAAUUUUAGAUGCUCUCU